CGGGAGCAAUUCUCUGUCACCAAUGAGGUCCAAUCACCACAUGCAGGGGACACAGAAAAUAACAAAAAAGAUGAGUUAUUUUCUAUUCUUGCCGAUCACAAUGAUAUAAUGCGUAUAAAGCCGAGUCCACAAAAUGGCAAUUCCCACCCCGAACCCGGACCCGGCACCCCACUUCCGCCUCCCUGUAAUGCCUUCACCUGUCUCCAGGACCGUCGCCGUCGUAGGCGCUGGUGCUGCCGGCCUCUGUGCCGCCCUGGAACUUCGGCGAGAAGGGCACAAAGUGGUUGUCUACGAGAGGGAAAACCAGAUAGGGGGCACGUGGGCAUACACACCCGAAAUAGAGACUGACCCGAUAGGACUCGAUCCCACUCGGAAUAUAGUCCAGUCCAGCCUCUAUGCGUCGCUGCGCACCAACCUGCCCAGGGAAGUGAUGGGCUUCCGGGUCUACCCGUUUGUGGCGAGCCGGAAACCCGGGAGGGAUGGGAGGAGGUUUCCUGGUCAUGGGGAGGUUUUGGAGUAUUUGAGAGAUUUUGCUGAAGAAUUUCGGCUUCGUGAGUUGGUGAGGUUUGGGAGUGAGGUUUGGCAUGUGGGGUUGGUGGAGGAUCGGAAAUGGAUGGUGAGAUCAAGGAAGAGAAGUGGGAGUGAGGGGAAUAAAGAUGAUGAGGUGUAUGAUGCUGUGGUGGUGUGCAACGGGCAUUAUACGGAGCCCCGUGUUGCAGAAAUACCCGGCAUUGAAGUGUGGCCGGGAAAGCAGAUUCAUAGCCAUAACUAUCGCGUUCCUGAUCCAUUUCGUGAUCAAAUUGUGGUGGUAAUCGGUAGUGCUGCAAGUGCUGAUGAUAUCUCCAGAGACAUUUCUAAAGUUGCCACAGAAGUCCAUAUUACAUCUAGAUCAAUCGAAAUUGGACGGCUGGGGAAAUUGUCUGGCCAUGACAAUAUCUGGCUCCAUUCCAUGAUCAACAGUGUUCACGAAGAUGGUAAAGUGGCAUUUCAAGAUGGAACUCAAGUCCGUGCCGACGUUAUUCUUCACUGCACGGGCUACAAGUAUCACUUUCCUUUUCUUGAAACAAAUGGCAUUGUGAGUGUGGACGACAAUCGAGUUGGUCCUCUUUAUAAGCACAUUUUCCCACCGGCAUUGGCCCCAUGGCUUUCUUUUAUUGGCUUGCCGUGGAAGGUUGUGCCGUUUCCCUUGUUUGAGUUCCAGAGCAAAUGGAUUGCUGGAGUUUUAUCUGGUCGGAUUCCUCUCCCAUCGAAAGAGGAAAUGGUGACGGAUACUGAAGCCUUUUACUCAUCACUCGAAGCAUCUGGAAUUCCUAAGCGAUAUACUCAUAGAUUGGAUGCAGAUCAGUUUGAGUAUGACGAUUGGUUGGCGGCCAAGAGUGGCUCUCCUUUGACAGAAGAAUGGAGAAAGAAAAUGUAUUUUGCGGCUGGACGGAGGAAGAGGAGCAUGCCUGAGAUGUACCGUGACCAUUGGGACGAUGAAGAUUUGAUCUCACAGGCUCGCGAGGACUUUAAAACACACAGUACGGUGGGCUCCGUAUAGCCACUGCCCCAUAGCUUCUGAUGAAAACUUUGCUGUAUCUGCAACUAUAACUGGUUCACCUGGGAAAUUGAAUAAUUAUUCUUGGAGAUGUAUUGUGAUACAUUUAUUGAACUCUGGAAUAAGAAUAUUUCCAUUGUUUGCA